AUGCCUAUUGGGCCACUCCAGCCUCGAGUCAACGGGUCCAUCGCACCACCCGUCGCCCAUACCACUGUGUUCAAACCAAUCCCCGCUGCCGUCAACGCUACCGUUCCCUCGAACGAGCCCUUGCCUCCGAGCAAGACGCUGAGUGAGCUGCGAAAGAUCUCGAAGAAGGAUGCCCGAUCGACGUGGGAUCGACUCAUGUCAGGUUACAAGGACAAGAGUGACCUGACGACCGUUGGCAGUCGUGUGUGUUGA